AUGUCGUUCAAUAUGGAAAAUUUGUUCCAAAAGACACCUACACGGCCAAAUCGCCUCUUCCCGAAUAGUCUUAGGGACUCGCCAAAUGUAAGUUAUAUUACACUUGAUACAUAUACGAAAAAUUCAAAUCAUCUUGAAUUGAUCUAAAACUAAUAGUCUAGAUUAAUACAUCUAUAUUUUUUUAGACCUCAUCUUUCGAUACUAAUGUAAUUUCUUGCGCACAGUUGGAGCAAAGUGUAAAAGGAAUUUUGGACUCGCCAUGUGUCCCAGACAUCUCUGCAGGCAGUAGUCAGCGAAGAUCGAUACGGAGGACCCCUCUUAGACAAAAAGUAAGUCAUUUACUAUCAUUUUAAAUCAUCCAACUAAAUUUUGCACAAUCUGGUACCUAAUACAACGUAAUCUCAAAAUUUUAUCAGCUGUAACGGGCCGUGAUCUUCAUCACGAGCCAGUUUUCAUCAUGAAUUUCGAAAUCAAAAAUUUUCUAGAAAUCAGAUAAAGACUCGUGAUUUACGUAGUUGGUUUGCAAAGCUUCUCAAACAGCCGAAAAAAAGUAACAGAAAAAAUCCCAAAAAUUCUCCCCAUUUUACAAUUUUUUGUUAUUUACGGCACUCAAUUUUGGCAUUUCGCCGCUGAAUUUAUCGAUUUACACAACCUUUUCGAAAAAAAGCUUGAUUUUUUUCUGUGGUCCUGUUUUACUUGUCAGAGUUGUUGAUAAGCAAUUUGAGGCCUUGUGAUCAGCUGAUAUGAGGUGUUUUUAGCCUUGUGAAAGACGAGGAUAUCUAUAGCUUUUUAGAAGUUUUUUGUUUUUCGAUUGGGUUUAGUUAGCAUUUUAAAAGAGAAUCAGACACUUCUUCCUUGUUUAGUUCUCUGAUCUCUUUAUUAUAUUGGGGUUUACUAUGUUUCUAUAUAUGUUUCGUUUUAUUUUUCUUCUUUCCGUAGAUGGAUAAUAUCACAGCUUUAGUUUCAGUCAAUCCCGGAACAAAUGAAGCCCCACACGCCCACAGAGGCUUCAACUACCCCAACUACCGCUCAUCGUAACUCACCAUGCUUUCAAAUUCCCAAAAUGGUUAUUGAUAACUUGUCUUUGAGGUUCUUGAACAAUAUUCCAGAACAUGAGGUAAGUCUAUGAACUUGUGGUUUGUUGAUGUUUAGGUUUGAAAACUGUGGGCUACAUGGAUCUUCUUAGAGACCGACCAUCUCUUUUGGCUUCUUUUUUCAUAAUAAUUUAUCCGUUUUCAGAAACGGGAUCACAUUCGAAUUUGCUUUCAACUAGAACAGGCCCAUUGGUACUAUGUGGACUAUUUUUGCGAGAAAAGACCAGCCAAUGUUCCGAUUUGUCAUAACGUUAAUUUCCGUGACUUUGUCCGACAGAUGUUCAAUAAGUGCGAGAUGUUGGGAUGUUUCAAGGGUCACGUGGAUGAGGUUUGUUUUUUACUGUUUUGUUUCUUCGGGUUUAGCUUAUUAUGUUCGUAGAUGUAUCACAUAGGAUCACAUAGGGUGAUUUAUUAAUCAAUGGGCUGAAAUAAGAUUUGCGAUUAAUAUUAACCCAUAUCUAUCGAAGUUUCUCGCUUGAUGCCUAAAAUAAUAUGAAAAUUUUUAGAUAAUCGAAGAAUUCCGUCAAUACAAAGGUGGAGUGCCCACUUAUGGGGCUGUAAUGUUCAACAAAGAUCUCACCGAGGUCUUACUUGUCCAGGGUUACUUCUCCACCAAGAAUUCUUGGGGCUUUCCCAAGGGGAAGGUAAAUGAAGACGAAAGUCCCGAAGCCUGUGCAAUUCGCGAAGUUCUCGAGGAAACUGGCUAUGAUAUUACUGAUAAAAUGCGGCCAGAUGUUAUGUUCCGCUACAAUUUGAAUGACACUGCCGUCUGUUUAUAUGCUGCUUUGGAUGUUGAUCAGGAUUUUUCGUUUCAUCCACAUCUGAGAAAGGAGAUCAGGUAAGCCUUUUUUUGUUUUUGUUGGAUUUUGGACUACCAGAUAAGAAUGAGGAAAAAAUGAAGAUGGGGCUAGUUUAUGAAGAAUUUUCAAUUUUUUAGAUGUAUUGGACUAAAAAUUUAAUUUUUAGAAAGAUCGCAUGGUAUCCAAUCCGAGAACUCCCCAGAAACAAGAAUGAUAAUCAAGCCUGUGCUCACAGAGGAUACAUUGCCAAAAAUUUCUAUACAAUUUUACCUUGUGUCGAUGAAAUUCGUCGAUUUGUGACCAGUGAGCUGAAGAAUCGAAGAAGAUUGAGUGAAUCUUUUGGAAGUCAAAGCAAAGGUUCAGCAUUUCAGCCUGUAAUCCCUAAAGGUAAGCGAUUAUUCGGUUUGAAUUUUGUCCAAUUUUACUGAUAUUUGAACAUUUUAUGACUAAUUUUGUCUUGUUUUAGCUAAAAAUCCGAUUUCCCCGCAAAACCACAUGCAAUCAACCUAUCUGGAGAGUCUGUUUCUUAACGAAAAUUCUCAUAUUAACUCACCAGUGAUGCCCUCGUCCAGUUCCCAGUACAUUAGCCCUCCUCCGGGCUUUGCUUCGACCUCACCUUUGCAUCAAAGUGAUCCCUUGUUCGCUCCAUUGCACUUAGACACUGCCCCGCAGACAAAUUCUAUACAAUCUAACACUCCGAUGAGUGGAGAAUACUUUUUGAAGAUGCUGAUGUCUCCGAAUCAAGGAAAUAGACUCCAGAGUAAUAUUCAAACGAGCUCUGGACCUUCGGCCACCCAAAGACAGGAAAUAAAACACCCGAAGGCAAUCCAUUCCAGUUCAAUCUUGCCUUCAGCGAAUGUAAGAGCGAGUUUUUAGAUUUUUUUGAUUAAAUUUUUAAUUUGUUGACAUUACUUUAUAAAUCCAUGUUUCAGUUAGCCUUUGUGUCCCCUGAAAAUUCCCCCUUCAACCCAGCUGCUUUCAAUUUCCAACGGAAAACUCCAUCGAGGCCUGCAAAGCGACCAAAUAAUACGGAACCAGAAGAAAUCGAUGGAUUUCAAACCCCUCCACUUCUGCUUCCAACUGAUUUACUGGCCAGCAGCCCCGCAAAUUCGGAAGCCGCCGCCUUGGCAUCAGCUCAAAGGUAUCUUGAAGCAUGUGGAAAGGCGUUGAAGGACUCGGCACAACGUCAGAAAGUGAGAAACUCGAGAUUUAGAAGGAAUCAGCAAAGAAGUGGCAAGGAAACGGGAGAGGAAAAUCAGAAGGAAUCUUCGGUUUCACCAAAGAAAAAGAAGCGCUCAAGGAAGGGAAGGAGCAGCAAGAAAAUGGUAAAUUGAUUUAUAUUUGUUCUUGGUGUUUUAGGAACAGAAUUUGGAGGAAAAUAAAGAAUUUGUUACCUUUUUUCGAAAUGGUGGCAAAAUUUGAUGAAUAAAAUUUAAUAUGACUAAUAAUUUUUAUUCUAGUCGCUUGAUCACCCCUCCACAUCCAAGAUGGAACCCGUAUCGUCCUCUUCUACCCCAAAGCGCCGUAUUAAAUUAAUGGAAAACGACGCCACCACCUCUACGGAAGAAUAUGAAAGUGAACGCCAAAAAGAAGAGUCCGAAGAAUUCAAUUCGGACGACUUGUUCGUGGCCCCGUCGACUUCCAAAUUUGACCAAGAUGACGCAGAUGAUGCCUCGAUGGAAGGAUCAGAUUAUGGAGAUCCAGGUUCUUAUAGUGGGUAUAGAAUACCAGAUGAGCUGGAAAAGACAUUCGAUUCGGCGUUUGCGGAGUUCAAACAGAAUGGAAAUGGAAAUAUGAAGAAUGCCAAGGACAAUGGGGUACCUAAAAUUGAACUUUGUGAGGCAUGGAAGAGUUUUAAGGUAAGGAAAAGGGGUUUGAGUUGGUUUUAAUACAGAAGUUGAGAAUUUUUAUAUUGUUUUAGACAUCUUUUUGAUAUUAAUUUGGAAAAAAUAAUAUAAGUUUAAUUUCAGCUCAACAUCAACCUUGACAACCUUCUCGGCAUGAGUUAA